AUGCCAUCUUUUUCUAACGACAGCUCUUAUCAGACGGCCACUGCCACGGCUACCCACCCUCGUUCUUUUGACUCGCCGCCAGGGAAACCACACGACAAAACUCCCGUCGGUAAUACUUUUCUGUGGACAAACUGGCCCAAUGGCGACACCAGUCACCUUGACACCCCCGGAAACGACCGCCAACCGCUCGCGAACGGCAGUGUGUAUUCUUUGAAUGGGCCUCGGUCAAGCGCCAGUUCUUACACUCGGGAUCUGUCACACUCGAAAGAUGGAAGCAUGCACUCAUUAGGCCAUGUAUCAGCCCGGGACCCCCGGGAUGGUGGACGGCCUUCCAUGACGCACGAACAGGAUUUCGCGCGGAAAUCUACCGAUGCAGGUGCCGGAGCAGGUUCAGCGACGGCGUCGAUAGCCAGCCAACAGCCUAAUGGCACAUCACUCAACCCACGAUCACCAAACGGAAGACCUCUGAUGAAUGGGGAUUAUGCUCGACCUUCGGCCGAUGGACUGGUUUCUUCGGAUUCGGUGGGGAACGUUUCGGAAUCGCAGCCCAUCGACACAGGACGCCUCUCACCUGACCCUGGCUGUCUAUCCCCGUCGCAGAAAAGCCCCCAUCGGUAUUCUUCGCCACCGCUCCCCUCUGGCACAGAACAGUCAGAACCGGCGAAUUCCGGCCUUCGACAUCGGCAUACGCUACAGGUUCCAAGAAACACUAGCGGCCGUCGAAGUAGUCGCGACCACUCCGAGGAUGCGGCAUAUAGCAGCGGACGAUUGUCUCCGACAGGAGGAGUUCGUCGUACCUCUUUUAGUCUUGGCCGCCGGGCCAGCAAGACCAAUCGCUCAGAUACCUUCCUGGAAGAAGCUAAUCCUGAUGAAGAUGCAGCCAGGUGGGCAGAAGCCAUCAAGCAACGGAGGGCUUCAAAGAGGAGACGCCGGGAUGACGACGAUGACGACCGUGUCAUCGUGGGAACAAAGGUGGAUCAAAAUCAUGUGAACUGGGUUACAGCGUACAACAUGCUCACAGGAAUUCGGUUUACCGUCUCGAGAAUUAAUGCGAAGAUGGACCGGGAACUCACGCCUGCGGACUUUGAGGCCAAACAUAAAUUUUCUUUUGACAUUACUGGCAAUGAGUUAACACCUUCUGCCAAAUACGACUUCAAAUUCAAAGACUAUGCGCCUUGGGUCUUCCGACAUCUGCGAACGAAGUUCCGGAUUGACCCUGCUGACUACCUAAUGUCUCUCACAAGCAAGUAUAUUCUUUCGGAAUUGGGCUCGCCUGGGAAAAGUGGCAGCUUCUUUUACUUUUCGAGAGACUAUAAAUACAUCAUCAAAACCAUACAUCACUCCGAGCACAAGCUGCUACGCAAGAUUCUUCCAGAGUAUUAUAAACACGUCGAGCAGAAUCCCAACACGCUGAUCUCGCAGUUUUAUGGCCUUCACCGUGUCAAGAUGGCCUAUGGACGCAAGAUCCACUUUGUGGUCAUGAACAACCUCUUCCCGCCUCAUCGGGAUAUACAUCAGACUUUUGAUCUGAAGGGCUCGACGAUCGGCCGUGACUUGCGUGAAGAAGACCUUGAGAAGAACCCACGAGCCACUUUGAAGGACCUGAACUGGGUCCGACGAGAGCGUCACCUCGAGUGUGGACCAUCGAAACGGGAAUUUUUCCUGGCACAACUGGAACGGGAUGUUGAAUUAUUGAAGCGGCUCAAGAUCAUGGACUACUCUCUAUUAGUGGGCAUCCAUGAUCGAGAGAGAGGAAAUGAGGAGAAGCUUCGUGACAAGACUCUGCAAGUUUUCCAACCCGGUGGUGAUCGAGAAGAAGAAGCGAACCCGAACAUGCUUAUGCGCACGCCGUCGAAAUUGGAAAAUGAACGCAAGGCCCGUGAGCUACGAAUGUCCCUCAAACGUGAACGCCCAGUGCCUCUGGACAAAGCAACCGCAAAGAUGCCGGAAGAAAUUCUCGACGAAAGAAAAUUUCAUGUCUUCUAUUCUGACGAUGGGGGAUUCCGAGCCACUCAUGAGAAUGGCCAGCCUGGAGAGGAGAUCUAUUACCUUGGAAUUAUUGAUUGUUUGACACAUUAUGGCAUGGUGAAACGAUUAGAGCACUUCUUCAAGGGCCUGUCACAUGACCGGAAUCAAAUUUCACCAGUUCCCCCGGAGGGUUAUGGUGAUCGCUUUGUGAAGUUCAUCAAGGGCAUCACUAUGUCUAAAGAAGAAGCGGUACGUUGUCGGGAAUCCCGGCAGCUAGGCAGAACAUCUGCUGAGCGUACGCCUUCCGUUGAACGCACAAUACAGGCGGCGGAGAAAGAAGCGGCCAAGGACGUAUCGUUUACGCACCCUCGGACGUUAUCGACAGUUAGGGACCCAACGGACACUAGUUCAACGGGUCCAACUUCGACACUACCGAUCGUAGACGAGGCCGGCGAGGCCAGUAGCGUUGGUGGACAAAGUCAACAUAGCCGACAUGGCGCUCCGCCAGCAUCGGAGAAGAAACUACCACCACUCCCCAAUCAAGACCAUCUUCGACCCGACGGGAAGAGAAUGGCGAUCGCUUGA